AUGAAUCCCUCCAUCGAACAAAGCUGGCAGCCUAAAGCCAUUAUCUUUGAUCUUCUCACAGCUCUUCUAAACUCAUGGGAGAUAUGGGAUGCGUCAACUCCCUCCAAAAGCCACGAAGAAGGUAAACGUUGGCGUCAACGUUACCUUGAAAUUACUUUUGGCACAGGAACCUACAAACCUUAUGAAGACUUGGUCAAGCAGGCUGCCUCCGAAGUUGGUCUACCCGAAUCGGCUCCAGAAGCUCUGCUCAAGAAUUGGCCGGACAUCAAAGCAUGGGACGAAGUUCCUUCAGUACUCCAGGGUUUGAGAGCUCAGGGAUACAAGCUCAGCGUCAUCACCAAUUGUUCGAAACAUAUGGGCUACAUCGCAAUUCACGGUGUUGAGAGACAAGCGAGUGUUGGCUUCGACAAGCCUUUCACUUUUGACGCGGCCAUCACGGCAGAAGAAAGCGGCUUCUACAAGCCUGUCAAGGAAGCCUACCACAGCCUGCUACCUCAAUUAGGCGUGGAAGCUCAAGAUGUCCUGUUUGUGGCAGGAAGUGCAGGAGAUGUUGAGGGUGCAACUCGUGCUGGUAUGAAAGUUGUUUGGCAUAACAAGAUCGGAUUAAACAAGAAGGGCACUGCAGUCCCGCUGAGGGAGAGCAAGACGUUGGAUGAUGCUCUACAGGGGUUCUUGAAGACAGAUGGUCUUUGA